CAAAGAUAGAGAACUAGUGUAACUCACGCCUGCCGGCCCAAACAACCCUCAUUGUUUGUCUCUGCAACACUCCUCUCUCACCUAGUCUCCAAGGGUUCUCAGAUCAUCCCUCCCAAACAACUUUAAGCAUGUGGGUGGCUGUGUUGGCGACGGUGGUGGCUGUGGUGUUCGCUCUUCGACUCUUCUACAGGCGGACCUCCGGUCGAUGCCACUCCCAGAGGAAGCUGGUGGGCAAGACGGUCAUCAUAACAGGAGCCUCCGCAGGUAUCGGAAAGUAUACCGCAAUGGACCUUGUGAGGCGAGGAGCACGAGUCAUCCUUGCUUGCAGGAACCUGCAGAAGGCAUGCAAGGUUGCAGCUGAGAUCAGCAAAGCAGCAGGCAGCGGCGCCGGCGACCUGAUAGUGAGACAGCUGGACACCUCAGACCUCGCCUCCGUCAGGAAGUUCGCUGAGGAGAUCCUCCAGACGGAGAAGGCUCUCCACAUUCUGAUCAAUAACGCUGGCAUCUACGGAUCGGAGAAGAGACAGAUGACUAGAGAGGGCUUGGAGGUCACGAUGGCUACCAAUCACUAUGGUCACUUUCUUCUCACUAACCUCCUUCUUGAACUACUGAAGAAGAGUUGUCCUAGUCGCGUUAUCAACGUGUCGUCAGCCGGUCAUUUCAUGGCUAGCACACUCAACCCUGACGCACUCAACUUCGAGGACGACUCCUACACUAGCAUGAGGGCCUAUUGCAGGAGCAAGCUUUGCAACAUCCUUUUCACUCGGGAGUUGGCUGAUAGGCUCAAAGGCACGGGAGUGACCGCUAACAGCCUCCACCCAGGGGUCGUUCACACGGAGCUCCUCUCAUCUCACCCAAACAGCAUCAUGACCUGGCUCCUGAAACUCACUAACAGCAUCAUCUGCAAGGAUGAGGAACUCGGGGCGCAAACUACCAUUCACCUGGCUGUGUCAGACGAGGUAGAGGGGAUCACUGGUCGCUACUUCGUCGACUGCAAGGAGGCGAAGCCGUCAUCUCUGGCCCAACAGAAGCGAUUGGCCCAACUGUUGUGGAAGGCUAGUGAGGUUGAUGUCGAACGAAAACCCAGCGAGAUUCCAUACUAGCGAGACUCUGAUGCUACUAGUAACGAGGGGGGGGGGGUCAUCUACCAGCAACGGGUGGUCAGUUAUCUACCAGCAACGGGUGGCCAGUCAUCUACCAGCAACGAGUGGCCAGUCAUCUACUAACAACGGGUGGUCAGUCAUCUACCAGCAACAAGUGGCCAGUCAUCUACCAGCAACGGGUGACCAGUCAUCGACUUGUGGUGGCCAGUCAUCUACCAGCAACGGGUGGCCAGUCAUCUACUAGCAACAAGUGGCCAGUCAUCUACCAGCAACAAGUGGCCAGUCAUCUAUCAGCAACGGAUGGCCAGUCAUCUACUAGCAAUGGGUGAUCAUCUACUAACUUAAGCAUACUAGCGCGAUUGGGCCGUUACUAGCCCCGUGAACUGACUGUAUUUAAUAAAUAAUUUUUGUUGCUGUACUAGACGCUAGUAUCUCGAGUGAUCUAUAGGUAGACUAAUUGCUAGUUAAACCCUCAACUAUUACCUAGACUCAAUAACUAAGCAGACUGAUCAAUUACUUACCUGACUGAUCAACUACUAGCCAAACUAAUCAACUUUUAGCUAGCAUGAUCAAUUACUAGGAGGCUCAAGAUCGAAAGACUGAUACUAGCUGGGUAGAUAUAUUAAUCACUAACUAGACAGACCGAUCAAUUACUAGGAGGCGAGACCCGCUACAAAAUCUAGCUACUAGCCCGGCAGAUAUUGACUUAUAGACUUAUAAACUUGACUUAAACUUAUAUAUAUUGACUAGACUCAGAAACUAGCCCGACUUGCUAGUUGGGAGCUCGGGCUGUAGAACAACAAAUAGCUGUGAAGAUAAGAUAUCAGUGAAUAAAACAAAGGAAUAUUUUUCAUUAAUUUGUAUUAUUCAUAGAUUUGAAUUCUUCCAAUGCAAAGUUAAGAUUGAAUGGAUAGUGAAAGAAGGAGACAGAUAAAACAGUGAUAGAAAAACAUAGAACCAAAAUAGAUAGAUAAAAAUAGAUAGUAAGGGAGAAAUAUGCCACAGAGAUAGAUAAAAGUAAUAUAGAACGAAGCAAAAUAAAAAAAAUCAUUGAAAUACAAUACAUGAAAUUGUUAAUAUUGUAUUCCCAUUUUAACAAAUCCCGGCCGCUGUAUUUAGUGUAUACAUGUUACUGGAUGUUAAUUAACAUUAUUGAAGUUU